AACUUACAAACAGAUGUCGAGUUCACAUGGCACCAUAACUGCGAGCCCCCUCCUCAUGCGCGCUCUCACAUGUGCCAUUGUCUUUGAGUAUUAAUGUGAGCCGAACCUCUUGACGUGGCUUGAUUCAUGUGGGGACGAGACGCAGAUACUGAAUAGUUGAUGAGCUGGAAGAAAAGGACGGCGGGGUGGGGGCAGAAAUAGAGCGGCAGGGAGGGAGGGAGCAGAGAAAAGGCUGGUGAUCCACUCCGAUCGCUCCAAUAAGCCCCGAGGUCGGGACGCCUGCAUGGAAAAUUACCUCGCAGCCGAGAGGAGGGCAGUUGUGGGCUGAGGAUGGCUUUCGGCUGAGCGGACCCAGGCGGACCAUGGAGAAGCUGAAGGGUCCCACGGCGGGAUGCUCCACGGCGACCUGUGGAUGGAGGGCGCUGCUCCUGCCCCAGCUCAACCGCCAGUCGCUGUACGUCUACGGCAGCGAGGUGGCCGUGGAGAAGGAGUGCAUCCGGCAGCUGCAGAGCGGAGUCUUUGUCAUUCACCCCUUCAGCCUCAUGAGGAGCUACUACAUCAUGUGCAUGAUGGCCAUCACGUUCCUGAACCUGAUCGGGAUUCCCAUGGAGAUAGCCUUUCUGGACGGACACAGCGGCCUGGCGUGGGAAGGCUUCAACGUCUUCUCGGACACCCUGUUCCUCAUCGACGUGGCCCUGAACUUCCGAAUGGGCAUCAUAACGGACGACGCAGAGGAAGCUAUUCUGGACAUCAAGCGGAUCCGAGUCAGUUACCUGAGGACAUGGUUCAUACCGGACGUCAUCGCCGCUUUCCCAAUCGGCUACAUACUGCUGUUUGCGGACUUGCAGUACAACAAUGACGACAACCCCUCCAAGACCAACAGGAUGAUGAGGAUCCUGAUGUUCGUACGGAUCCUCAGUUUGAUCCGACUGGCCCGGGUGUCCAGGCUGGUCCGGUUCUUCAACGAAGUGGAGAAAGUGUCAAACGCUAACCUGGAGGUGGUCCGUCUGUUCUUUCGCAUCUUGUCUCUGUUCAUGAUGAUUUUCCUGCUGUGCCACUGGAACGGCUGCAUCCAGUACUUCGUCCCGAUGCUGGAGGAGUUUCCCAGUGACUGCUGGGUCCGCAAGGAAAACCUGAUGAAUGCUACCGUGAUCGUAAAAUAUUCUUGGGGAGUUUUCCGAGCUCUGUCGCAGAUGAUCGCUCUCUCUUACGGCUCCAUGGACGCUCCAACAAAUUACGUUGAGAUGUGGAUCGUCAUGGUCAGCAUGGUGUCCGGCUGUCUGAUGUACACCGUCCUCGUUGCCAACGCCACCGCCAUGAUCGUCAACGUCGACCCGGCGGCCAAAGAAUACAAGAGCAAGAUGAGCCGGUUGGAGCACUACAUGACCUUCAUGAAGCUCCCUCCAGAGCUGCAGCUCCGCAUCAACAACUACUACCAGGCUCGGUAUGGAGGGAAGUGGUUCGACGAGAAGGACGUCAUGGACACGGUGUCGUCGGCUCUGAAGGAGCAAAUCCUGACGGUGAUGUGCAGCCGGCUGCUGAGAAACGUGCCGAUCUUUCAGAACAGAGAUGAAAACUUCAUCAACGUCGUCCUCCAAUACCUGGAGUACGAGGUUUACCAGGAAGGAGACGUCAUCGUCCGGCAGCACGUCCCAGGAGACCGAAUGUUCUUCAUCGACCACGGCCAGGUUCUGGUGGAGGCCGAUUCCUUCGAGAGGGAGCUGUGUGACGGAGACUUCUUUGGAGAGACAUGCGUGCUGACCAAAGGCAAACAUCUGGCCACGGUGAAGGCGCUGACCGACUGCCAGUGCUUCUCCCUGUCCUGGGACGACUUGCAGAAGGCGCUGGAGGGUUUCCCAGAUGUCAAGAAGGACUUAGAAAAGAUGGUCCAGAUCAACUCAGAUGGUGGGCUCGUGUGAGACCAAAAACAGAACAUUUUGCUUCAUGAAUUGGACAGACGCUAUGCAUUUCCAGGGCAUUUUAUGCUGUUAUAUAAGACUUUGCUCACAUGGACACAAGCUGGACUCUUAUUCUCUGAUGAGAUGGACGGUUUUAGAGCAUCUUUUUCUCUCUAGGAAUCAUCCCGUCCUCUGAUUUAUCGUAAUAAUCAGCAAUAAACAACGACCUCAACAGCUAAGACUCAAAACAUUUGAUCUCCUUGUUGGUGUUGCAGUUUAGCAUCAGUGUUUGGUGCAUUUCUUAGCUGCAAAACAAGGAAGACUUCUAUCAUAAUCUAGAACAACCACUGGUUUAGUGUUGCUCUACAGCAUUGAUCAGCAACAACUUUUACACCACUGACAGUUGAAGGAAAUAAUAAUAUCCCCUGAAACACCACGUUUACUGCUCAGGAACAGCUCGAGGAACACGACCAAGAGCUCCAAGGCAUUGACACAACUUCCAAACUCCACAUAACCCAAAUUCACUCUGAUGGUGGGCUUGUGUCAGACCAAAAAUGGGACAUUUUACAUGGUUAUGUAAGACUUUACUUGCGUGGAUGCAAGAUGGACAGUUUCAAAGCAUCUUUUUCUCUCUAGGAAUCAUCCUGUCCUUUGAUUUAUCGUAAUAAUCAGCAAUAAACAAAGACCUCAACAGUUAACGCUCAAAACGUUUGAUCUCCUUGUUGGUGUUGCAGUUCAGCAUCAGUGUUUGGGGCUUUUUAAGCUAAAAAACAAGAAAGACUUGGCAGAUGUUGAAGAGAAUUCAGAAGUAAAAUUGGUGGAAACAGAAGAAACAAAUUGUGAUGUUAGAUAAAGUUAUUCACACAACAAUGUUUAGGAAUCUACUACCCAUCCAUUAUAAUUUAGAUCAAUGUCUGGUUUAGUUUUCUCUACAGCAUUGAUCAGCCACAACUUUUAAAAACGCUGACAGAUGAAGGAAAUAAUAAUAUCCCCUGAAACAUCACAUAUACUGCUCAGGAACAGCUCGAGGAACACGACCAAGAGCUCCAAGGCAUUGACACAACCUCCAAAUUCCACAUAACCCAAAUUUAAUCUGAUGGUGGGCUUGUGUCAGACCAAAAACAGAACAUUUUACUUUAUGAAGAGAACAAAUGCUAUGCAUUUCCAGGGCAUUUUAUGCUGUUACAUAAGACUUUGCUCACAUGGACGGAAGUUGGACUCUUAUUCUCUGAGAUGGACAGUUUUAGAGCAUCUUUUUCUCUCUAGGAAUCAUCCUGUCUUCGGAUUCAUCUGUAAUAAUCAGCAAUGAACAAAGACAUCAACAGCAAAGACUCAAAACAUUUGAGCUGCUUGUUGGUGUUGCAGUUUAGCAUCAAAUCUUGGAAAGUCAAUGCUUUUCUUAGCUGCGAAACAAGAAAGACUUCUGGAUUCUGGUUUUUGAAGAAAAAACGGGAACGAAUCAGUCAGAUUAUCACAGGUUUUAGGCAAAUACUGCUGUUAGGUAAGGUAAUACAAUAUUUAAAUAACUCUUUGUAAUCUAUUGUAGUUUAUCGUAGUGAGCAGCGAUCAGCGACAACAUUUAAACAACUAACAAGUGAUUAUUGAUUAUAUCAUUACAAUACAAUGUUCUGAUAGAAAAACUUGGGUUCUGGAUGCUACCUUGACGUCUAACACCUAGGGUUGCCCAAUGAAGGAAUCGAGGAGCACGACCAAGAGCCCCAAUGUACUGACUCACCCUUCAAACUCCACAAAACCCAACAAAUUCCACAACAAAUGCAAUCCAUUGAUUGAAGAAUCUGCUACGGAGAUCCUUGUGCACCUCCAUGGAUCCUUUAUCCAUGUUCCAAUGGGAGGCUUAAAAUGGUUUUAAAUGUUGUGACUGAUCAGUAAAGUAUUAUUACCUGCAUUUAAAUCGCACUCAGACCAGUUUUUACCACCAAAGAGGCACAAUCUAGCUAAACUUAUAAACGCCGAAUGUCCAGAUUUCUUGUGUCUCUUCCCUCUGAUGACUUAACUGUUGUGAUCUCUACCUACAAACUUAGACCAAUUUCUAUCAACAUACAAGCUUGUGUAAAUGACAAUGCUAACAUUCUAUUUUGGCUCUUAAUGUAUUUGUCAUAAUUGGUAGCUGCAGGUUGUUGACAUGUUGCAGGUAUUUGGUCAUAAACCAAAGUAUUAUACAAAGGGAAGUUCUGACCUCACAGUGGUUCUGUUCUGGGGACCAAGUCUGCACAGCAUUUAAUGCAAUCCAGCCAAUUUUGGUUAAGAUAUUUCAGUGUAAACCAAAGCUGAAUGUGUAUCUGCUAUACAUGUGUAGUCCUUCUACCAUUUACUCACAUCCAACAUGCUCACGAAAAAAACAACUGUUCUCUUAACAUCUAAUUCAUCUCAGAUUCUGACAUUCGUCCACAUUGACAUGAGAUGAUUGGACCAUUAAUUUCAUCUGGUUUUCGCUUAUUGGUGUAGACAAAACCAAGUUACUCGAACUUUACUUCAAAAGACGGUAGAAACUCAUGUAUGUAUUUUGUCUCUAACAUUUAUUUGGAAGUAAUAUUACACACGACAUGCUAAUGCCACUGUGAAAGCAUCAAAUACAAAGCUGAUAUUGUACUAUUGAA